GGGAGCAUGCGCAGAGCUGUUUACAACAUCCAUACAUCACGUCUUUUGUUAUUACACAUUCAAACAAGGAGCACAGCUUAACUGUAAGGGAUUUUGCAGCGGAUUCCUUCAUCAUGACAUCACGUGUUGGACCCAGAGCUACUGGUACCAAUGGAAUUGACUUUAAACACAGAGAAAAAGUGAAACCACAUUACCAAAUGAGUGCUCCCCUAAAGUCAGAGAUACGAAAGUUAAACCUUGUCCACCUUCUCGUCUGGCUGCUGGUGGCGGCACAGGUGACUGUCAGCCACUUUGACCUGGUGUCUCAUGACACAGUGGCCAUGCCGUACCAGUGGGAGUACCCGUAUUUGCUCAGCCUUCUUCCUCUACUAUGCAGCAGCUUUUCACUUCCCAAGAACAACAUCAGCUACCUGGUCUUAUCCAUGAUCAGUGCCGGGCUUUUUUCAGUUGCACCUCUCAUUUAUGGUGGAAUGGAGAUGUUUCCUGUAGCACAGCAGCUCUAUCGCCAUGGAAAGGCCUAUCGCUUUAUUUUCGGCUUCUCUGCAGUGACUGUUAUGUACCUCAUCAUGGUGGUUGCUGUGCAAGUGCAUGCCUGGCAGUUAUAUUACAUGAAAAAGCUGUUAGACUCAUGGUUUGAUGCCACUCAGGAGAAGAAGAAGAAAUAAUGGAGUGGAAACAUUUUGGGCAAAACUGUAUUUUUGUCUUUAUUUAUAAUGAGUUAUAAAUGCUAUUUAUAAAUCAUAAUUUAUUACAUAACAUUAUACCUUCACUUCAAAUGUUCUAUGACACAUAUAGGUAAAAGUUAGAAGUUAAACCUGCAUAUUUUUCAUUUUUAUUUAUUCAUGUAUUUAUGUGCUUAUUUAUUUAAAAAUAGUUAAUGGGUGUCCAGCACACACCAUCAGAGGUUACAUUAAACCAUGACCAAAGCAUUCAGUAGGUUAUACAGGAGGAACAGGGCAUUUUUUGUUUAUUUGUAUACUUCAACAGUAACCUGGUGGAUGCAUAAAUGUUCAGACAUGUUUUGCUCAUAAAUGUGUACUUUAUUUCUCAAAAGAAAACAAGUUUACUUUUGCUGGAGAUGUGCUGCUGUUGCCUUCUUCAUUAAAGGGAUACUUUAACAUUUUGGCAAA